UUUUUUUUUCUUUUGGAACCUUCACUUUCGACAUAUUCUUUUGCGUUUACUUUUGUUUUCUAUAUUCAACAUUCUCCAUAUUCAGCAGAUACCUUGGUCAGAUUAAACUAUGGCGGAUUGUAUAGAGCAAAAGCGAACAGAGUCUGCAAUGGAAAAUGACUGUACAUCAUUAUCUAAGACAGGGAGUCCAAAUGAAGAAAUGUCGGCAAGGUCCAUCGAAACUGCACCAGUCAUUGCUGCUGUAAAAAAAGAAGAAACUUCUAAAGAAGCAGAAAAGGAAGUUACUGACUCUGAAGAAGAUGAUGAGGCAACAGCAGCAGCAGCAACAACAACAACAACAACAACAACAACAAUAGUAAGGCCGACUCCACCGACAGAGAAACCUGAAUGGGCCACAGGCGAUCCAUUUUUUGAUACGAUGGCAGGGAUGGCAUCACCGGAAUACCGAAGGUACUAUGGUGAGGGAUCAUAUCAGGAUCAAAUCUUGGCAACGGUGGCGACUUGUUCAGAGAUAUCAUCCAAUCAUAACCCUGGCAAUGACGAUCUCACGACACCAUCCACAACAGAAGCGAUGAUAGUGCCAAGUACUCCGAUGACGGAAUCUUCAUCAUCGACUUUAUCAAAACCAUCCUAUUCAAAUACGGGUCUAGAGCAUUGGAACAAGACGCGCGAACAAUGGACGAAGGGACGUUGGCAUAUAGUGCCGAGCGCGAACAGCGACAACCCAGCACUAAGUGCCAUCAACCCCAAGAAUCACGACGCAAUCUAUGACAGUCUAGUUUAUGAUCGUAAACGGCUAUCGAAACCUAUUCCAUUACCAUUGGUCAUUAAAGUGUUGGUUAGUGGCUGGAAACGGGAUGGACUAUGGUCAGAGAACCCAGUACAGCACCCAGGUCCAGGAUCAGGGUCUGCAUCAGCACCUACAGCCACUGCAGGAUUGAACGCCUACAUCCCUGGAUUCUCCUCAACAAACUCACCAUCAGUUUUGAAGAAGGCGUAGAGAGUGUGGUUCAUGAACUUUAAGAUAUCAGUAUCAGUGUUUUAUUUUCUUUCCACGCGACGUGAAUAUUGCUUGACUUUUUUUAUAUAUACUAUAUAUCUUUAUAUUUCCUACGAUAUUAUUAUAUCAUGAAGCAAAAUGACAAUAAGGGUUAAAAAAAAGUUUUUUUUAAAAAAAAAAAGACAAACACAAUAUACAUACAUGCCUUGCUGAUUAUUGAUAAUAGGUAACAGGAGCGCAUUCUAGCC